AUGUUCAUGCCGACGGUGAGGCGCUGUGCGCCUGGUUUCUGGAAGAAGACGACUCAAGAAGUCCAGCGAGCCACCAAAUUCGCCCUCAAUCUAGAAGGCCUCCAGUUACCGACCACGCCAUACCCUAUCUUCGACUUUGCCGACCCAGAAACCAUUACGACCUUGAAGUCCAUGACCGACCAGUCGGUGGGCGGUUUCUCGACAGCAGAACUCACGCAAAAGCCGGCCGACUCCUCUUCAAAUCCUCCGAUCCCAGCACAUCUUUUAUUUCACGGCAACAUCUCCACAAAACUACCGGCGAAUCGACCGGACGUGCAGCGGACCGGCUACGCAGCCUGGCGGAACCAGGACCGAGGGCGCACAAUCUUCGGCGAGCUGUUCUGGAAUGUGGACCCGUACAUGUACCUGGCUUUGCGGGUGAAGAGUGAUGGCAGAAAAUACGUGGUGAACAUCCAAACCGAUUCCAUCGUUGAGUCAGACCUACAUCAACACCGAUUGUACACCAGAUAUCACAAGGGCACGGAAGGACCUGAGGACCCUGGUCAGUGGGAGACGGUUUGGAUCCGAUUACAUGAGUUCGUGAGGACAAACCACGGUAUUGUCACCGAGCCACAAUCGGAAAUGCUGCGUCAGAAGGUGAAGAGUGUUGGAAUCGGCUUGCUUGACAGGCAACCAGGACCGUUUGAACUGGGCGUCGCUGCAGUGUGGGCUACGAACUUGAAUGAGAGGGGUCAAGUGGAUGGCCGAACCGGCUGGGAGGAGGGCGAUCAAGGGAGUGCGAGACUGAGCGAGGUAACAGAAGAGAAGUUGGCGCAGAAGCUCGAGGAGAAAAGAAGUCUGCCGGAAGAGAAGAAGGGCUUCAGGGAGAGAGUCCCACACUUUGGCAAAGUGGGCACAAAAGACACAUCUGCUGUAAGAUAA